AUGAAUCGGCAGGCAGAAGCAGGGCAAAGCCGCGAGGGUCUCCUCCGAGCCUACGAUGUGGAGAGUAUCCCGAUGCGAAAAUCUCUUGAGGAUGCAUAUCGUUCAGACAGCGACUCUGACAUCGACGCGACGGAGUACCUCGACAGAGAUCCCUCCCACGAACCAACUUCCAAGUCUGCCACCCCUUCCUAUGCGCGGGGCAUGCAAUUCUCCAACUUGAAACGAACAUUCGCACGCCGUUCAAAAUGCUUGUUGAUCGUCCUUGCGGUACUGGUGGUAUUCUGGUCCAUAAUUGCCGGAGGGGGGUUCUUCCUGUACAAGAAGAAGCCAGCGGAUGGUCAAUCGCCGCCAUGGUAUCCAACACCACCUGGAGGGACAGUUUCACAGUGGGCCGAGAGUUACAAGAAAGCGGAGGCGUUGGUUGCAAAAAUGACUCUGCCAGAGAAGGUCAACAUUACAACUGGAACGGGUUGGAGCAUGGGACUUGCGGUUGGAAAUACUGGCCCAGCAAUCAACGUUGGGUUUCCAGGUCUGGCGCUACAAGAUGGUCCGUUGGGUUUGAGAUUUGCAGAUAACGCGACAGCAUUCCCUGCGGGUAUCACUGUUGGAGCGACCUGGAACAAAGAGCUGAUGUAUCAGCGUGGAAAGGCACAUGGAAAGGAAGCGCGCUUGAAGGGAAUCAAUAUCCUUCUGGGACCCUGCGUUGGACCUCUCGGAAGAAUGCCAGCUGGUGGAAGAAACUGGGAAGGAUUUGGUGCGGAUCCAGUUCUACAAGGCAUUGCUGCAGCGCAAACGAUCAAGGGAAUUCAAGAAGAGGGUGUGAUUGCCACGAUCAAGCACUUUAUUGGCAACGAACAGGAGCACUUCCGUCAGUCGUGGGAGUGGGGCCUACCAAAUGCCAUGUCUUCAAACAUCGAUGACCGAACUCUUCACGAAAUGUACGGAUGGCCAUUCGCAGAUGCCGUCAAGGCUGGCGUUGCCAGUGUUAUGUGCAGUUACCAAAUGCUCAACAACUCGUAUUCUUGCGGAAACUCGAAGCUAAUGAACGGCAUUCUGAAAGAUGAGUUGGGAUUCCAAGGUUUUGUGCAAAGCGACUGGCUGGCACAAAGAAGUGGUGUUGCAAGUGCUCUCGCUGGUUUGGAUAUGUCGAUGCCUGGUGAUGGUCUACGAUGGGCUGCUGGAAACUCCUUAUGGGGUCACGAGCUAAGCAAAGCUGUUCUGAAUGGCUCUCUUCCUGUUUCACGCCUGAAUGAUAUGGUUACUAGAGUUGUAGCCUCGUGGUAUCAAAUGGGCCAGGAUGACAAAGCCAAAUUCGACGGUGAAGGGCCCAAUUUUUCGUCUUGGACCAACGAGGAGAUUGGAGUCAUUAAUCCAGGCAGUCCAGAUGACAAGGACAAGAAGGUUGUGAACAAGUUCAUCAAUGUUCAGGGUAGUGGCGAUGAUGCCCACUCCAUCAUAGCUCGUAACGUCGCAACUGAAGGCACGGUGUUGGUCAAGAAUACCGACAAGAUGCUGCCCCUUAGCAAAGAUGGCUGGUCGGAUGAGGGUCAUGAAAUGAACAUGCGCAUAGGAAUCUUUGGUGAAGACUCUGGCUCUGGAAAAGGUCCAAAUGCGUGUGUUGACCGUGGAUGUAACCAGGGGACUCUUGGGUCUGGUUGGGGAUCCGGGGCUGUUGAAUUUCCAUAUCUCGUAUCUCCUGCCGCAGCAUUGAAAGAGACAUUCAACAAGGAUCGAGUAUAUGUAACCGACUUCCCCACGAACACUCCACCAUUCAAAUCAUCACCGGAGAUAUUGAAGGAUCAGGAUGUGUGCAUCGUCUUUGCAAAUGCCGAUUCCGGUGAAGGUUAUAUGGCUAACGAUGGCAUCAAUGGAGAUCGCAACGACCUUUUCCUGCAGAAAGGCGGUGAUGCGCUCAUCCGAUCCGUGGCGGACGGUUGCGGUGAUGGCAAGGGCAGCACAAUCGUUGUCAUUCACUCAGUGGGUCCUGUUAUUGUGGACAAAUGGAUUGACCAUCCAAGUAUCAAAGCUGUCAUCAUGGCCAAUCUUCCAGGACAAGAAAGCGGUAACGCUAUUGCAGACAUCUUGACAGGUGUCGUCAAUCCCAGUGGAAAGCUACCUUACACCGUUGGAAAGUCCCUCGAGGAUUACGGACCAGGUGCGAAGAUUCUUUACGUUCCGAAUGGCGUUGUCCCGCAACAGAACUUUGACGAAGGCCUCUACAUUGAUUACCGCCAUUUCGACAAGUUCGGCGUUGCUCCAACAUUCCCCUUUGGAUUUGGCCUCUCGUAUACAACAUUCCAAUACUCAAAUCUCCUGGUCACUAAAGUCCGCGAAAAGUCUAUUCUGCCAUCGCCGCGCCCAGAUGGAAUUGAGCCCCCGAAGUUUGACGAUAAGAUCCCAGAUCCAAAAGAAGCUUUGUUCCCAACCGGAUUCCGCAAGCUCUCGAAAUUCGUCUAUCCAUAUAUCACCAAGCUGUCCGAGAUCAAGACAGGCAAAUAUCCAUAUCCUGUGGGAUACGACGUCACGCAAACGCCAUCCCAAGCAGGUGGAGAUGAAGGUGGCAACCCUGAUCUGUGGAACACAUACGCCAAUGUGUCAGUCGACAUCACCAAUUCGGGCGAAGUAGCAGGCAAAGAAGUUGUGCAACUUUACAUCAGCUUCGACGAUGUCCUAUUCGGCGUGGGUGCCAAAGUCGACUUCCCUAUCAAAGUCCUGAGAGGCUUCGAGAAAGUCUUGCUGAAACCAGCCGAGACGCAGACAGUACAUUUCAACUUGACUCGACGAGAUAUGAGUUACUGGGACGUGGGACGACAGAACUGGGUAAUGCCGACCGAAGGCACCAUCACCAUUCGGAUCGGUGCUAGCUCGGGAGAUUUGAGACUUACUGGAUUUUAUUAG